AGCACAGUACAGAUAAUGCGCAAAGUCGAUUCCUGUCUUGGUUUAUACGUUGUACGUAUUGGUUUUGUGUAAAACGUGAUCACAUUGUUAAUCUUCUCCAAUGGCGGAUUUUAACAAAGAAAAAAGAAAAUUAAUAUACUGUAUAUCCCAAUGGACUCCCGACUCGAACGUACAAGAGUUUGAUAUCGACGUAUCGGAUUUAACAGUGUUGUUUCAAAUUAUGGGGUAUACAUUGGAAGAGUUCGAAAGGGUGCCUGCUAUAGAGGAGAAUGGCGAAUCAGCGUCAUCAACCGGUCAAUUAUCUACAUCUCGAGUGCAGUUGAUAUGUUCAAAAUCAGGAAUGAAAAGCACACUAACUAGAACGUUAAAAUCAUGUCAAUGCCCAAACACUCAAGAUUUAGAUAAAGGUCAAUCAUGGUUCGUAACCGGUUGUGCGCCUUCUUCCAGUCAGAGCACCAUCAGUUCGUCUGCAUGCUCCCUCAUACCCACAAUUUCAAAGUGUAAGGCAAGCAUAGUCGGCCACCUCAUCGACAAGGCUAUAUCUGCAAUAAAAGAUAAAGACACACGUGACACAGAAACGACAUUAAAUUUAUCUCAAAAUGCACUCCUCAGUCGUCAUCGAUCAUUGGACACAUUAAAAGCGAAAGAGGGAUCAAAAUUAUUCAGUGGAAACUUAUCAAAAGACCUGUCGUGGGAGGUGGACCCAAGAACUUCUCCACCAACGCAAGCCUCUAGUCCUAGUCCAUUACCGGACCUAACUCGAACUCUAAGUGGAUUAUCUUUAGAUGCAAGCAAACGUGCAACAUUAAUUAGACAUUUAUCUACAGUUCAAGAAUUGGUGAACGAAGCGUUAGAAAUAGCAGGUCCUAGUUCUACAUCCAUAAAAAAGACACAAAAGAGAAGGGUGUCAGACAUCAAACCAGAACCUAGCACUCCCAGGAAAAAGGCAACUCCAAACAGACGACUAUUAUCUUUGGCGACGAAGCAUUGCGGAAUACCAACUCCGACAUUUCAAAAGGUGGUGCCGAGGAUAGCAAGUACAAGUAAAUAUGCAGUCGGUGUCAAAUCAAAAUUUAACGUGUCGUCCACCGUGUCUGCUAAACCGACAGGCAUAAGUUCAUUGUAUCGAACUGCAAGUAAACCUGCUACCACUGCAUCAACUGUUGCAAAAUGCAAAAACCCGGUAUUUGGGAAAAAAUAAUUUUAAUAAUGUAUUGUAAUUUUAUUAUUUAGGUAAAUAUAUUUUCCUGUUUGUUUAUUA